AUGUCCGUCAACGAAGAGGGGUUGACCACAGGGUCAUGUAUAGCAGCUGGGGAGGGGGAGGUAGGCCGUCACGCCGUGACAGGAGAAGCUCAAGGGCCCUUUGUAGGGCAGAAGCUGGGCGGGAUCCCGGGAAGUCAGGGGUGUCCAUUCAGUCCGAAGUGGCGAGGAAGAGGUGGUAUGGACCGUAUGGUCGAAGGUAGUGUUGGUCCAGUUAGGUUGGGCAGCCCCCCUGGAGAUGAAAGCCGGGGAUGUCGUAUUCUGCGGGAGAGUGCUGUGGCAUGCAGACCUAAUGGGGCGUCAAUCGAUGAUCGUGGGCCGUCUCGGGAGCCAGCCAAGAACCAGGCCGGGUCUUUUAAUGAGCGGCAAGGUCCACAAACAAGCAGCUGA